AUGUUGGAAGGUUUGUGGAAGAAUAGGAACGACUUUGUAUGGCAUAAUGAGAAGGAAGAUGCUUCUAAACUUGGUUUGCUAGCAUUCUAUAAGUGGCAAGAUUGGUUUCUGGCCCAAAAUCUUUGGGAAACGCAGUUAGAUAAUAGAGAGUUGGUUCAUUGGAAUCCGCCUCCUUUUGGUUGUUUUAAAUGUAACGUUGAUGUCGCCUUUAAUCAGCGUGUCGGAUCUACGAAUCGAGGUUGGUGUAUUCGUAACGAUCAUGGUAACUUUAUUGUUGCAGGUACUGUGUGGGAUAGUUGUACUUUCUCUGUGCUAGAGGCGGAGGCCUUAGCCCACAAGGAAGCAAUCCAAGCUAUUUCUAGGUUUCAUAAUGCCCCAAUGAUUUUUGAGAGUGAUUCCCAACAUGUGGUCAAAGCUCUUAGUUUCCAGUUCGAAGGGUAG